AUGAUGGAGUCGUGGAAUCUAGGACGAGUCGCAUCAUCCGUCGGUCUCUCAAUCUAUGUCAUCGGCUAUGGCCUAGGUCCGCUCAUCAUGUCUCCAUUGUCGGAAGUUCCCUGGACUGGGAGGAACCCGCCAUACCUUAUUGGCAAGUUCAUCUUCGUCAUCCUCUGCAUUCCAAUAGCUCUCGUGGACAACUUCGCUGGUAUGCUGGUCCUUCGGUUCCUGCUCGGUGUCGCGGGAUCACCUGCAUUGGCGACGGGAGGCGCCUCUUACGGUGACUUCGCUACGGGAAUGCAGCUGCCAUAUGCCAUCGCGAUAUGGGCAGGCGGUGCUUCCGCGGGUCCGUCCCUCGGCCCCCUCAUCAGCAACUUCGCAGUGACCGCAAGCUGGCGCUGGCCUUUCUACGAGACCCUACUAAUCGCAGGCCCAACGUUCUUCGUGAUGCUCUUCUUGCUACCUGAGACAUCAGGCGAUUACAUUCUCCUUCGCCGCGCACAACGUCUCCGCAAGCUCACUGGGCGCAGCGAUCUAAUGGCCGAAUCAGAGAUCAAGGCAAGAGACCAGAAGCCAAAGGAAGUCCUCUUCCAAGCUCUCAUCAAGCCGUGGGAAAUCAACAUGAAAGAUCCAGCUGUGCUGUUCACCACUCUGUACCUUGGCUAA